CUCACAUUCCCACAUCUCACAUCGUACAUUCGUCGCGGUGGGACCCACUACGACACAGGAAACGAUGGACGAUCCAAAAUUACCGGAAAUACUAGCAAGUGUAAAGCUACAAACCGUUCAAUUGAAACGAUGUCUCGAACAAGAUCAAAUCAUGGAAGCUCUCAAAGCCGCUAGUUCCAUGUUGGGAGAAUUGAGAACAAGUAGUUUGAGCCCGAAACAAUAUUACGAAUUGUAUAUGAGCGUUUUUGAUAGUUUGAGGUAUUUGAGUAAUUAUCUCUAUGAAGCUCAUACGGAUGGCAGACAUCAUUUGGCGGAUUUGUAUGAAUUGGUACAAUACGCAGGAAACAUUGUGCCACGACUCUACCUCAUGAUCACGGUUGGUUCAGUUUACAUGUCCAUCCCCGACGCACCGGUGAAAGAAAUCAUGAAGGACAUGUUGGAGAUGUCUCGUGGUGUACAACAUCCAACAAGGGGGUUGUUUCUUCGACAUUAUCUGUCCGGUCAGACCAGAGAUUUUCUGCCGGUCGGGACCAGUGAUGGCCCCUCAGGAAACCUUCAAGACUCGAUCGGAUUUGUCCUUACAAACUUUAUCGAAAUGAACAAAUUAUGGGUCCGACUCCAACAUCAAGGACAUUCCCGCGAACGAGAAAAACGAGAGUUAGAACGAAAAGAUCUUCGUAUACUCGUAGGAACCAAUCUCGUCCGUCUUUCUCAACUCGAAGGAGUCGAUUUAGGCAUGUACCGUCGGACUAUUCUACCUUCGGUAUUGGAACAAGUGGUCAAUUGCAAAGAUGUCAUCGCACAGGAAUAUCUCAUGGAAGUGGUGAUACAAGUUUUUACCGAUGAUUUCCACCUUCACACUUUGGGUUCCUUUUUAGGUGCUUGUGCCAACCUUCAUCCUAGGGUGAACAUCAAAAACAUCGUUAUUGCGCUUAUCGAUCGAUUGGCCGCUUAUGCAGCACGAGAGGCGGAGAAUGAGGAUCCCGAAGAGAAGAAACGACAAGAAGAAGAGGCAGCUAAAAGAUUGGUUGAAAGAGUGAAAGGUGCUCGAGGGAAGGGAAAGGGGGUGGAAGAAGGUGAAAAACCUGCCGAGGCUGCGGAAUGGGCAGGGGAGACCAGUCCUAAACUGAUCUCUCCUACAGAGGAAAAUGGUGAUACCGCUGGGAAGGACGAACAGGAGAAAGAGAAAGAAAAAGGAGCAGGGGAGGGAUCAGAAGUUGUGGAAGAGAAACUUACAGAUCAACCUGUCAAGAAGUUUAGAGGUAUACCUGAAGAUGUACGACUUUUCGAAGUGUUUUGGGAACAGGUAGUGCAACUCAUCAAGGCUCGACCUGACUUAUCGAUCCAAGAUAUCACAGCUCUUUGUGUUUCACUUAUCAAUUUGGCGUUGAGCUGUUAUCCUGAUCGAUUGGAAUAUGUCGAUCAAAUCUUGUCUUUUGCCAGUGUCAAAGUGCAAGACUUCCAGCAGAAUCCCGAUCUUCAUUCUCCACAAACCACUGCCAACCUCCUCGCCCUUCUACUCGCUCCCAUCACUUCGUAUUUAUCCGUAUUGACCCUUCUCGCCAUUCCUUCAUACAUCCCACUCCUGAAUGCUCAACCAUAUUCCACCCGCCUAGCCAUCGGACAAGCUGUAGUCUCUUCUGUUCUGAAGAAUCACACCCUCAUCGACUCAUCCGACGACGUCAGUGGUGUGUUGGGACUUUGUGCGGUCCUGGUCAGAGAUCAGAAAGAUUCCACGAUAGGAGGUACGGGGCGUGGUAGAUUACCUGUGGAUCCUAGGGAGUUGGCAGAAGAGCAAGGAUGGAUAGCGAGGAUGGUCCAUCUUUUCAAAUCGGAUGAUUUGGGGGUACAAAUGGAGUUGUUACAAACGGCACGAAAACAUUUCGCAGAUGGUGGAGAUAGGAUACGAUACACAUUCCCACCGUUGAUCGCUUCGGGUAUCCAACUGGCGCGUCGGUUCAAAUCACGAGAACAUGUCGAAACAGACUGGGAACCUCGUGUCACCUCCCUUUUCAAAUUCAUCCACCAACUCACUUCCAUCCUCUACAACAAGGUUGAAGCUCCUGAAAUUUGUCUGCGACUCUUUCUCCUCGCCGCUCAAGUAGCAGACGAUUGUCGUCUUGAAGAAUUAACAUACGAAUUCUUCGUCCAAGCAUUUGUGAUAUACGAAGAAUCUAUAUCUGAAUCUCGUGCUCAACUUCAUGCUAUAACUGGUAUAAUCUCUUCCCUUCAAACCAGUAGAGUUUUCGGGAGUGAUAAUUAUGAUACUCUCAUAACUAAAGCAGCUUUACAUGGGAGUAAAUUAUUGAAAAAGAGUCAUCAAGCUACUGCUGUUUUAUAUGCUAGUCAUAUGUGGUGGCAAUCUGAUGUGAAUGGUAGGGAUAAAGAUGAUAAAACACCUUACAGAGAUGGUAAACGAGUCCUCGAAUGUCUUCAAAAAUCUUUGAGGAUAGCUUCAUCAUGUAUCGACGAACUCACUUCUGUCCAACUUUACGUCGACGCGUUAGAUCGUUAUGUUUAUUACUUUGAACAAGGUGUAGAAGCCGUCAUUCCUAAAUACGUCAAUUCUUUAGUUGAAUUGAUCACAAGUAAUAUAGAUAGUAUACAUGGAGGUGAUGUACAUCCUAGUGCUGCUAGUCCACCUGGAUUAGUGGAUGGUGUUAAUUCACCGGAUAUGAUAGUAAAGCACUUCCGUAAUACCUUGACAUACAUUCGGAUGCGUCAACAACAAGCUUCUGAUCGAGAGCCCAGUGAAGAGACAACAGAAGAACAGAAGACCGUUCCUUGGGAUAACGUGGAUGUGACGGGUGCUUGUCUCAAGAUGAACGUCGGGAGAUGAGUGUUGUGUCAUGAAAUGAUUCGUUAGGCCCAGAGCUCUUUGUCGAGGGACGAAGUAGGGAAGUGAUGAAUGUGGAGAACCGAUAAAGCUGGAUUAUUAUUGGUAAAUUGUAGAUUUUUUCUGUUGAUGAUAUGAAAGUAUGGCUACAU